AGAGAGUGAGGAGGAAGCACCCGCAGCUCCCACCUGCGCAGCCUUCCUGGGAAGAUGCAGCUGCUCCUGCUGCUCUUGGCCUUCUUCCUGCCCCCCAGGGCACAGGCAGGGGAGAUCAUCGGGGGACAUGAGGCCAAGCCCCACUCCCGCCCCUACAUGGCCUACCUUCAGAUCUGGGAUCAGGAGUCUCUGAAGAGGUGCGGAGGUUUCCUGAUACGAGAAGACUUCGUGCUGACGGCAGCUCACUGUGUGGGAAGCUCAAUAAAUGUCACCCUGGGGGCCCACAACAUCAAGGAGCAGGAGGAAACCCAGCAGGUCAUCGCUGUCAGAAGAGCCAUCCCUCACCCAGCCUAUAACCCCAAGAACUUCUCCAGCGACAUCAUGUUACUACGGCUGGAGAAAAAGGCCAAGCGGACUGCGGCUGUGCGGCCCCUCAGGCUGCCCGGGGGGAAGGCCUGGGUGAAGCCAGGGGAGGUGUGCAGCGUGGCCGGCUGGGGGCGGACAGCCCGGAUGGGCAAGUUCUCAGACACGCUGCAGGAGGUGGAGCUGACGGUGCAGGCGGAUGAGAAGUGCGAGUUCCACAUGGCCAAUUAUUACAACAAUGCCAUUGAGAUGUGCGUGGGGGACCCCAAGAUAAAAAGGGCUACCUUUAAGGCAGAUUCUGGGGGCCCCCUCGUGUGUAACAACGUGGCCCAAGGCAUUGUCUCCUAUGGUCGAAGUGAUGGGACGCCUCCCCGAGUGUGCACCAAAGUCUCAAGUUUCCUACACUGGAUAAAGAAAACCAUGAAGCCCCGCUAA